UCUUAUGUCACUGUCAGUACGUGUGUACUUAUUAUGACUUUUUUGUGAUGUUUAUUUUCACACGGUUCAUGCAGUUUUGUUAAAAUUCGCUUGAUUCUAUUCAUCAUGAAAUGUAAUGAAUUUGAAAAGAGUGUACCUCGCCAUCACAUGAAUCUGUCUAACUUGGAUAAAGCGCUGCACGAUCUGGGGAUGUUGAGUGCCAUAACAGAAGCGCGUCGGGAGUAUUUAAGGGAAUCUAGAACUAAUUUCAGCGUAAUGCGUCUAAAUACUCGGUAUGUAUCUAACGUAACCGUGGGGUAUUGCAUGAAAAGAACCGCAAACAAAAACAGACUUUGCCCAUAUGUUAUACCAGUCAGGCAUAGAACUAAGAGUGAAAAUUCUGAUGCAAAGAGCGAUGUGAGCGACAGCGCAUGUGAGUAUAAAAGCAGUUACCUCGAUCCAUCGACAAGCCACAGUCCUUUUGACGUGAAGAGUCCAGCUAAACGAUGUCAGUCCCUGGAGAACCUGAACUUGUCCUUGGAACCUCAAACGAACACGGAAACAUCACCCGAAAUGGAUUGUGUGUCAACAAGGAUUCAGAAGUUGCAAGUUGAUGAAUGACAAAACAAUAUUCUAUAAAAAAAAAACCUACAAAUCAGUGAAAUGACACUGUUUAUGUCUGUUCAGUAUUGUUGAGUGUAAUCACAAAUAUGGACAUAAUUGUAGAAAAACAAAUGUUCCUAGAUUCAUGAAACAGUUAGUAAAUGUCUUUCUAUGUGGGAACUUGAAAUCUCAAUUGAUUUUAGAUUAUUGUCAUUUGCUCAAAAUUGUCUUCAAUUUGGAAAUAAUUAUGUCUGUGUGUAAACAAAGGUUGUUUGUGUAGUUGUCAUCCGAUAUAGUUACCUCGAAUAAGUACCACCAUUGUGAUCAUAAAGAACAAAUUUAUUAUUUCCCUAAGUUGCAGCUAAGCAUUUGCCGGAAUGUAAUAAAUAUUAGAGUUAUUAUUUAUAUUUGAUUCUAAAUACCAUCACAUAAUUUAUUGUUAAUUAUGUUUACGACACUUAAGUGUUUUUAGAUCUCAUUUCUUUGUGAAAUUUAAAUUGAAUAUGAUUGCAAUUUUUGUCACUAUAUUUUUUGCUUUUGUGAC